UAAAUUAUAGGCGCGUAGCCCGUGGAAGCAACAGACCCGAAGGACCAGUGUGAGAGCAAAAGCCAAUAGGUAGAAGGAAGGACUGUGACUGUUAGUAUUCGGAGUCGGAGAGAUGGCGGAGGACGAUUUCACACGCCCACCCCGGCUUAUGAGCUUCGUCUCCGAGGAACAGUUGGAUGAAGCCAAGAGAGCAAGGGGCGAACGAGUUGAGGAUGGCACUGCCCAGAGAGACAGACCCCUUUUCGAGAUUUUGAAAGAAAACAAAGACAAGAAGGAUGCAGAGUUCAAUGAACGUUUCAAGCACAGACCGCCCAAAGCUUUGGACGAUGAAGAGACUGAGUUCCUUGAAAAUUUAGAGACUUCAAGGAAGGAAUAUGAGCAAAAAAUUGCAGAUGAGGAAGCUCAACAGCUUCUGAGUUUCCAGGCUGCGGUGGCGGCAAAGUCUAGCAUUGUGCAAGAGCUUAAGGAAGCACCUUCGGUUCCUAUAGGCCAGGAACAGAAAUCAGCUGAGAAGAAGAAUCCACCUCCUCGUCAAUUAGGUAUGAUUAUUAAGGUGCAGCCACAAGCAAAGAAAGCCAAAAUUGAUCAGGGAGGUAGUGAAGAACCUAGAAACACAUUGAAAAGGCCACAUGUAGAUACAGAAAAAACUUUAGAGGUAAUUAAGACGCUUAAUGGUGGUAUUGAUAAGUCCAGUGUUGCUGCCAAGACAGGUCUUGUUUCCUAUAGUGAUGACAGUGAAGAAGACUGAUAGUUUUGUUCUAUGUCUUUAAGGAGCAGUUAAUGUUGAUUAAACUUUUUUUUCUUC